AUGUCCAAUGAAAACACUUUAAAUAUACAAUAUGUACAUGAAAGUUUUCAGAGAAGUUUGAAAGAAGACGACGAUGUGAUAAUAGACGAUUAUAUAGAAGGUUACAAUGAACUAGUAAAGUUCUUGAAUCUCAUCGGUUCAGUUUUUUCUUUUGUAAGCAGCGAUGUUCGAAGUAAAAUUAAAAUUAUGGAGAAACAUCGCGAAGGCGAUGAUUCCCUUUACUUUGAAUCCUUUAAGAAAAUGAUGAAAUAUGAAAAGGAAACGAGCUUGCACGAAAAGAAUGGCUACGUUUCUGGAUCGAGGACAAUGCUACGAUUACACAGAGGCUUAGACUUUAUACGUCUAUUUCUUAAGAGACUGAGUGAAGCUGAAGAGAGUGUGAACACAUGUACAACAUGUCAGAACUCAUACAAUGAAACACUUGCUGCAUUCCAUCCCUGGUACAUACGGAAGGCGGCCACUUUAGCUAUGCAUGCUUUGCCUUCACGACCGGACUUAUUAAAAAAGAUAUUCGGAACAGAAGAACAACUUACGGAGGCUUUAAAUAUUUUACCACAGACACUACAGUCAUGUGAUGAGGUUUACAAUCGGGUCGAGAAAUUGUACACGGAUUUUGAUUUCCACGGCCUGCCGUAA